AAAAUGCCUGCGUUCCUAACCUGUUGCUGCAUUUCCGGCUGCUUCUCUCUCUGCCCAACAGACCUCAUUAUCGGCUGCCUGAUUGUUGAUUGUUUUGUUUGAGAAAAGCUUGUUGCGCUUGUUUCUGCAGAAAAGUACGCGCACGGAGUGUCUGUUGAGGUGCAUUAUUGCCUCCAGCACACUGCAACUGCAGUAUGACUCAGCGGCGACAGACAAGGGCUUCAGCCUCUUCGACUACCAGGGUGGCGGUUGCCAAGCGGAAGUCAGCUAAAGAAAAUGCUGUUGCUCCAAGUGCACGGGGUGGUAGCACUCAGACCAGGAAGAGUCUAUCAUCACUGUCAAAGACAGUAAAAUCAACGGCUUCAAGCUCUUUGAGAAAGAAGACAUCUUCUACUCUGCUCUCUUCUAAGAACAAGAAAAAUGUGGCAAAGAAGAUUGGAAAACCGUCGGUUAAAGUACCAGUUGCUUCUAAAAGCAGCCCUGCAAAAUUGUCUGCAAAGUCUGCCUCAAGUGAUCCCAAACAAAAACCGGGAAAGCUCCUGAAGAAUGUAUCUUCUGGACAAAACCUCAGAUCUUCACCCAAGAAGAUUUCUUCUGCACCACUUAAUGUGAAACCAUCAACACCCAAAUCAGCAGCGUCUAAUGUUCACAAGAGCUCACCGAGAUUUCUGAAGAUAAGUAAUGUUGUGUCCCUGAGCAAUUCAGCAUCCGCCAAAAGAACUGUUAAGGUGUCAAGCUCAAAGUUGACAGCUUCCUCAAUGAAAAAGGAUACAUCAAAACAGGCUCCAUCAAAACAGACUCCUUCCAAACAAACCAGAUCAAAACCGACCCCCUCAAAACUGGCUGUAAAGCCAAAGCAGGCUGCAUUGAAAAAAUCUCCUCAAUCUAGUCCAAGACGGACUCCAUUGAAGCAAGCUGCACUGAAGCAACCUCCUCAAUCUUCUCCAAAACGGACUCCAUCAAAGCCGCCUACGUUGAAGCAAUCUCCUCAACCUUCUCUAAGACGGUCUCUAUCAAAGCUGUCCUCACUGAAGCAGUCUCUUCAAUCAUCUCCAAGACGGUCUCUAGUUAAGCAGACUUCACUGAAACAAUCUCCUCAAUCUUCUCCAAGACAGUCUUCAUUAAAGCAGACUUCACUGAAACAAUCUCCUCAAUCUUCUCCAAGACGGCCUCCUUUAAAGCAGACUUCACUCAAACAGUCUCCUCAAUCUUCUCCAAGACGGUCGCCAUUAAACCGGACUGCAAUGAAACAAUCGCCUCAGUCUCCUUCAAGACAAUCUUCAGCAAAGCAAACUCCAACUCAAGGGACUCCAUCCAAACAAACUCCCAAACAACAGGCUUCAACUUGCAGUCCUAACAUUCAAAGCAGAUCAAGCCGCAAACGAUUGCUGCCAUCACCUGCCCAGUCUCCGCUUUCUCCUAAAGUGCGGAAAGUGAGGGGGGCAGUAGAAUCUCUUGAAGAAACGAAACUUGAGAAAGUGGAAGAUGAGUGUGUAGUUGUGGAUGAAGUAAGCACAGGACGCCCAUCGGCCCCCGGAAAGUAUGGAGUUGGUCAACAGAGAAACUUGAAGUCUGUGAAAGACUUACCUACCACUCCUGAAUUGAGUAACAGCUUUCUUCGAAGAAAGUGGUUUUCUUUGAAGGCUCAAGGUGGAUUUGCUUGCCUUCGGUCUGCAGUGCUUUCUCCUGAAGAAGUUACGAAGGAGGUUAUUAAUCAUUCAAGUGUUGAUCAGCAGGCUCCAGCAAAUCCAGAAUCUGAUUUCUUCACAGCCAAACUAAUGGCUCGGCUUUCUAGCAGGUUGCCUCAUUUUAAAGCAAGACCAUCAUGUGAGGAGCUAGUUGAUUUAAUUAAUGCAAAGCGUUAUGGUUCCAAGUUUGAGCCUAGAUCAGAUUGUAAGAAGGAAGGUACUGCCAUUAGAGUAAAGUCGGAAAGCCGUUCAUUCAGCGAUACACUUUCUCAUAUCAAAAACAAACCAGUGAAGUCAUCAUACAUGGCCAGUCAAGUUAAGAAUUCCCUUUCAAAACCAGAACUAGCUAAGGGGAAAGCAGAUUCAAAACCGGAACCAGCUAAACGAAAGAGAAAUGCUAGACUUAUUCCAAAACAUGAGCGUGAGAUGGCAUUGCGCCAGUUAAAAGAUUUGAGUGCACCGGAAAAAAGUAGCCCUGACCCAGGGAAGUCUGCUGCUUCAUCUAGCACCAAUUCAAGCUUGAAUGACAGUAAUAACAGAAAAAGGUGGUUUUCAUUGAAGUCACGUGGUGCUUCUUCAUCUCUACGAUCAGCAAUCCUCUCCCCAGAGGAACUUACUGCAGAGUUCAUGAAACGCACCAGAGUUGACCCACAAACCUGCCUUACUGCCCAGUCUCUUUUAAAGCAGGAGUCCAGGGGUUCGUACAAGGGUGUGUCUACUGAAGAGUUGGUGAAUCUCAUUCAAACCAAGCAAAUGGAGAAGCAUUUGGAGUCACUCAAACCAAAAAAGGAAGAAGGUGCCUCUUCUGGGGCUGAGAAAACAAGAGAACAACAACUCGCUCUGCAGCAAUUAAAUGUUCUGAGAUAUUGGUAAUUUUGGUAAAAUAAAUGUGUUUGCUCUUUUUUAAAAAAACAAAUUAAAAAAUUAGAGAAUGUGGAUAGAGUUACCUUAUUUGUUAAAAGAAGUUAAUAACCUGAAUAAUUUUAGUUUAACUAU